AACAUAUUGGCUUUCGUCCGCCAUAAACGGUUCUCUUGUCUUUUCGUUUACUGUCGUAGAAGUCGCCGUAUGCUGUCGAAAACUCAGAUAUUCUCACCACCGAUUGCACAAAAAUAGUUUUAUUAACGAACUAUUUGUUUGUUUUUAAUUUUUUAUGAUUGCAAGUUGAAAUUCCUUUUCAAAAACAGAGGGGAAAAUCUGAGCUGCGACGCAACAGAUAUGGCUUAUGACUAGACAUUCUAGGACUUUGUCGAUAGAAAAAUCAAAACCAGACGAACACGGAAUGGCACUUAUCGCUGAGGAACAGGACAAACUACUGGAGGAAAUAAACAGACUACAACGAGAAAAGAAAAGCCUUAAUGUGAGACUACAGGGAGUUGAAGUUUUAGCAAAAGUUCUUCAAGAAUCUCAAGAUGAAAACUUAAAAUUAAGGCAAGAAGUCUCUGAGUUGAAGGGUGAACUAGAAAGCACAAGUGUUAACAUCUCACCAUCAGUAUUAUCACUACAAACUACACCAAGUAUGGCUGCAGMAGGAAGGUGUUUCUUGUCACAGUCUGAGGAUAAUUCGUUCAGUCUUUCUGAGUCCUCUUAUGAGUAUGUAAACUAUAAUCCCCAAGAAGCACCAUUGACCUCUGGAAUUCCACAUUGUGAUCUUCAUAUCAAGGAAUUGAGCUCUGGAUUCAAAACGAUCAAAGAUGAGUCAGAUGUUCUUUUGGGAGAGGCCAAAAACCUAUUGGAGCUAACAGGAAAUGUAAAGAACAGAAAUGAAAGUGCAAAUUUGGUGUCCAAAGUAUCGACUCUAGUCAAGAGGAUAGGACACCACGCCAAAGAAGUAAAAACCAGAGAGACAUUCCUUCAAGGACUGGCUAAUGAGGAAGAACAGUUGAAAGAAAAAUUCAUGGCCAUGGAAAUGGAGCAGGUUUCACAGGAGAAGGUGAUGGAAGAUCUUAAAGUACAACUGAAAGAUGACAAGGAAGAGAUAGAGAGUAUUAGAGAGCAAAUCAAGCUUUUGGGUGAAGCAGUCUUCGUAAAUAAAGAAGAAACCAGUUCUAUUGAACACUACUCAUCCAGUGAAACAGCAUCGAAUACCAGUCAAAUGUCAUCCUUGUCAAGGCUCAGUUCAAAAGACAAAGAACUUGGAGAAUUGGGAACACCAUAUGCUUGUGGUCAAUGUUCUGAGUUGAUACUACAAUUAAAUCAAGUCAAACGGGAAAAAGAAGAAGUUAUUCGUCAGAAGGAAGAGAUCCUUGAUGUCAAUCAUGCGUGGGAUGCGCAAUACAAGAAGCUGAAAACAGAGACAGGCAAAGAGAUUGCUGAUCUCAAGCAUCAAAUAAAUAUGGUUAAAGAAUCUGAAAUGUGGAAAUCAGCUAGUAGUAUCAUUGAACAAGAACGGCAAAUGAAACAACAAGCAUUGGACGAGAAAAAUGAACUAGAGGAGAAGUGCAGAGAACUCCAAGAAAAGCUGAACAGACUUCCCAUUCAAAAGAGAUACGAACUGCAACCAGAAUAUACACCACUACAACAGACCCCAGGCCCAUCCUCCCGGCUGAGUUUCCCAUCAGCCCUGAUCAGUAAUCAAAAGUUGUCAACAAGUAGCCAAUCAGCAGCUUCGCCUGAAGAACCACCACCAGAUAUGAUUAAAGAGAUUGAAGUCCUCAAGCAACAGUUGCGAGUUUAUGCUGAUGACUUUGCAUGUGAAAGACAAGACAGAGAGAGGAUGCAAAACGAAAAAGAAACUUUGGAAACUGAAGUUAGGAACUUAAAGGAAGAAGUAUCUGUCCUGAGAGAACAGGUUCGACUUUACGAAGAAGACUUCAAGAAAGAAAGUGAAGAAAAAGAUCGCUUGAAACGUCAAUUGAAUUUCCAAAGAGAGGGUUCUGACCCUGAAACCAGAUUAAGUGACAUGACAAGAAAGGCACAAGCAGUCGCUGAACGUCAAGCAAGACUUCGAGCCUUGAGAGAGCAAUACAACAGAGAAGAACGACAUCUGAUGCAAGACCAACAAGACUUACAUCAAAGUGCACGUGUGAUUGCGAUUCAAUCAGAGCCUCAAAACCCUCUUCGUGAAGUAUACUUGCCUCACCAGUCAUGGGCCUACCGUCAAGACAUUCAUCCACGAGGACCGUCAGAGUCCCAGAGAUCAUCAAACGACAUGUUCCACGGCGGUGAUGUACAAGCAGACAGUAGAGACCUACUUGGUGAAGAGGUCGUUGAUGGUGCAAGGAAUUCGAAAGAGUAUUGCUGUCCGAGAUGUUUCCGUUUGUUCCCACACGAUGACGAAAAGUCUUAUAAGAAACACACAAUGAAAUGUAUUGAAUAAACUCCUGCCGAUAUUACAGCAUGCUUUUAAUACACGCACUUUAAUGAAGAACAAGUUUUAUUAUCAGAAUUAAGGAGUUAACUUUAUAAUCAAUCCUAAUCCAGUUCUAUUUAGCACCAAAUAAUAGUUCUGCACCAUUGAGUGAAAAAUUAAUUUAUAAGCUUAUAUUGGCCCCAUACCGUUUCACAAAUUAGUGCUUAGAUAUAGUACUCUCAUCAAAUUAUGCCUAUAGUUGCAUAUGCCAAAGCAGAUUCACCUACUGAUGAAGUGUAAAUGCAUGUAGUUGUGCCAUGUUGUAUAUACACUUUCCAUGUGAACAAGAGGUCAGAACGCAACAGUUUUUCAAAUUGGUCACUAUUUUACAAUUCGUUGUAGUCUAUAGACCAAAUUCAAAACUCGCACCGAUGUGAGGCUUAAGUUGUGAACAAAGGAAUCUGGCGUGAUUCGUCACGCCAGAUCCCUUUGAAUUUGGUCUAUAGAGGAUAAAAAACAUUCAAUUAUAAUCAGAAGCUAAAGCUGAGAUAUUUAGAUGCCUGUAAAAUAUCAUGAUAAUGCAAUAAAUUUAUAGACGUUUUGGAUCA